CGAGAUUGUUACGUUAACCAAUAACCGAAACCAGGUCGCUGUCAAAGAUAUGGGCCAAGCCUUUGCAACUUAUUUACUUAAACCCGAUAUUCCGGAAAGUCCCUACAUUGUUGACGUCCAUGGACCGAGUUCAUAUACUCCGAAGGAUGUGCAAAAGGCCUUCGAGGAGGUUGUUGGCAAGGAAGUUGAACUCCGACUUGUCGAGAAGAAAGAUCUAUCGCAGUUUUUUGCCGGCUUCCUCCCAAAGAAUGUGGCUGAUGCUUUCACCGAGAUGACCAUUGCCUUUUUGCCGGGAGGCAUUAUGGCGAAUGCUAAUGCGGAGAAUUCAAGCAGUGAUCGAGUCUGGAGGGGAAAGACGGAGUUGACGGAAGCUAUUCGGGAGCUUUGUGAAGGGUCUGGGUAGGUGAAGGCUAUGCAGGAACUGAUACUUCAUUCUAGGCUGCUGUUGGGACUGGCUAUAUCGAUUAUUUUCUGGGAGUGUGAAUUAUCUGUGGAUUGAAUUGUAUUAUCGGUAACAGUGAUUCACAAAAAUUAUAUGGUGGAAAAUGUAUAAAUUAAGUCAAAAGCCUGUAUAGGACGCUUC